ACGAGCGAGCGAGCGAACGUUAGACAUCGGAAGAAGAUCAGUAAUCACAUAAUCGAAUGAUCAGAUACCCGUUGCACGAUCCAAAUAGAAAAGCAGAAAAUUAAUAUAGAUGAUAUAGAAUUUUGUGCAGGAGACAAACGUAAAACGCCGAAUCGCAAACGAAAACAAAUUCAAACGAAGUAAAAGAAAAAAAUUAUAAACAAAGGAGAACCAAUAACGAAAAAACGAAAUAAAUAAAAAAAAAAAUUAUUUUGCUAAUAGAAAUUUAAAUAUUUAAACGAAUAAUAAAAAACAAACGAAAAAUAAACAAAAGCGAUUUUAGCAAAACAAACGAAAAACUGCUGAAAAAUAUUUUAGUUUUUGAUGCAGUUGCAAUAAAACGACGAUCUAUCAACAAAAUAAAUUAAAUCAAACAAAUAAAGAAAAGCUAAAAGCUGUAAGUAAAACUAUAUAAAAACAAACGAAAAAGGAAAAACAACGAAAAGCAUAAAAAAUAAAUAACGAAAAUAGUAAAAUAACGGAAUCGAAUGAUACUUGAUUUUAAAGCAAUUUAAUCAAAACGAAGAGCGUAACAAAAGGCAAAUUAGUUACUGUUUUUUAUAAGCGAACUUUUUCCAAAGUGACUAACCAGCCGCGGAACUAAAUGAAAACAUUAUCGAACAAAUUUAACUGGGUAUAGAAUCAGUUAAAGCAGAAUGCGAUAAUAUUUAUGGUGAACAAUCUGAAAUAAAGCGAAAUCAUAAAACAUAAAAAAGUAAAGAAAUUUUCUUGCCAUAUCUCUGUUAUCAGCUGAGAGACUUAAGCUAAAAUAGCAAAAGUGAAGCAAACACUUGUAGAUAGAGAGACGCAAAAAAAAGUUAAUUGCGCAUAGUACAUGAAAAAAGGUACUGUACCCACAAAGACACUGGGUAGAUCCAAAGCAGCUAAUUAAAGGUGAAGCAGUUGCGAAUACUGCACGAACGAGUGAUGAAUAAAAGAUACUUAUGCGAACUGUGCAUUACACACAGCCCACAAAUAUUGAAUUAGACUAUAGUGCAAGAAAAAGUGCUUAAAGUAUUGCAGUGAAAUUGAAAAGCAAAGCGUCAUAAAAAUAUACGACUAUUACUGCAGUGAGAAAACAGAGAAAACUGUUGCAGAAAUACAUUUUUUUUAUAAAUUACAUACCAAGCAAAUAAGACAAGCGAAAUACGCUAAGCAGCGCAAACUGUAAAUAGUUAGAUGCAAGAAAUUGUAUGCUGAUUGUGAAAAAAACGUGUGUGCCAAAGCUUAAAAAUAAGCCAAAUGGACUUAAGUGCAUAACAGAACUAUUAAUCAAGUUCUAUGAAAACCUUAUAUGUAUGUGCUUAAGUACACAAAUAAAUUAAUAAAAACAACGAACGUGUCCCAAGUGCUGUUAGAGCACCACUUGCGGUGUAUCACACAUACCUACAUACGAGCACAUACCUACAUGUGAACAAUGUGCGCUUAAGAUAGCAGCCAAUCUUUAAUAGAACAAUAAAGUAUACAUUUUCGAAAGUACACAUACACUUGCACACACCCUCAAGUAAAUACACAAGUUUGCAAUUUUGAUUCUCAAAAAGAAGUGAUACUAAAGUACAAAGUAAAAGUUGAUAUAGAAACGUGUGGUAAAAGGAAGAGGCGAACCGGUUAGCGAAUUGCAAAAGCAUUAAAGUAAAAAUAAAUUUAUUGAUCGAGCGGCGAUCAACGUGAAACACAAGAAGCGGAAAGAGAGAAAAACUAAACAAACGACGCAAAACAAUUUGCAAUUGUCGAGCUGUUGCGAGGUCGUCAACAGCAGCACAACAACACGCGUUGAAAAGAAACGUUUACAUCACAUCACAUCAUCAUCAUCUUCGUCCACGUCCUCCUCGUCCACAUCAUCGUCCGAAAUGAAGACGGCAGCACUGAAACGCGAUUUGAGCGAAAUCAAAAAUUCCAUGUCCGAAAUCACCGAUCUGGUCGGUCGUAAUACGAAUAACACGAGUAGCGGUGGUCUGGGUAGCAACAACAACUUGGCCAUAUCAGCAUCAGCGCAUCAGCCAUCCAUAAACGAUCUCACACAAUUGAAUGCGCUGAACAGUUCGGAUGCCAUCAAUAAGUUGAAGAAAAAAAUCCGGUCAUCCAUUGAAAAUCUCGUCGACAGCGAUGCAGAACCAUUGGUUACAUUUCCCGAUACUGAUGAUGAUCGUCACAAUUUGGCCGAUUUGGUGAGCGCUUCGAAUGGCAAACUUAUGACCAAUGGACUGAAUGGGUCGGGCAAAAUUGUUGAUACCGUUAAAUUCGAAGAGAAACGUACAAAGACCGAAUCGAAGACGAAAGUUGUGGCCGAUGGUUUCAGUACGGAGCAAGCAACUAGUAAUUUGGCCGAAAUGAAACGGCUACAAACGGGUGAUAUCGAUUAUCAGGAAGCUAAAGCGGCAGCAGCGAUGCGAAAUCGCACAGAAAUGGAUGGCGUGAAAACCGAGGAAAAUGCCGCCGUUAUACAGGAAGCUCUCUCCUUACGCACUGGCGAUAUUACCCAACAGGCCAGCAAUAAUGUGGCCGCCGCCAGUAUUAAAGUGCAAAGUGAUACCUUCUCCGCCGACAAAAAAGCCAUCUCACAAUCGCAGCAAUCACAAACGAUGACCUCAAACGGCAUCAUCAGCCAGGAGAAGCACGUCUCGUCUGCAUCGCAAGCGAAUUACACAAUGACGCAUAAGGGUGUCUCCAGCUCGGGCAGUAGCAUGAUCUCGUCCUCUUCGCAAAUGUCCGCCACCAAUGGUGCACUCAUCAAGCUGCACGAUCUUAAGUUGGAUGACCUGAAAGCACUGACAUCCGGCAGCGGUCAACGUGAGAUCGAGCAAGCGAUUGCCAAGUACUCCGGCGUGUUGACAUCGUUCGUGAAUACACUGGAGGAUUCAAAGGCUGCUCAAGAGAAGUCAAUGUAUUUGGAGAAAAUCAAUGAAGUUAUGCAACGUGCCUGGGCUGUGCCCACACACGGACAUGAGCUCGGCUAUAGUUUGUGCAAUUCGCUGCGCAAUAGCGGCGGUCUAGAUUUGCUCAUGAAGAACUGUGUGCAGGGUGAUAUGAAAAUCAAAUUCUCAUCGGCCAAGUUGUUAGAGCAAUGCCUAACGACAGAGAAUCGUACACAUGUUGUAGAUAAUGGACUCGACAAAGUGGUGAACGUGGCCUGUAUGUGCACAAAAGAACCAAAUACCGAGCAUUCACGUGUGGGCACGGGCAUACUAGAACACCUAUUCAAACACUCGGAAGUCACAUGCUCCGAUGUUAUCAAAUUAGGUGGCUUGGAUGCAGUGCUCUUCGAAUGCCGUACAAAUGAUGUGGAAACAUUGCGACAUUGUGCAAGUGCCUUAGCUAAUCUGUCUUUGUAUGGUGGCGCCGAAAAUCAAGAAGCUAUGAUCUUCCGCAAGGUACCCAUGUGGCUAUUCCCGCUAGCGUUCCAUGACGACGACAACAUAAAGUACUAUGCCUGUCUAGCGAUCGCCGUACUAGUCGCCAAUAAAGAGAUCGAAGCUGAAGUGCUCAAGUCAGGUUGCCUCGAUUUGGUGGAACCCUUCGUCACCACACACGACCCAUCGGAAUUCGCGCGCUCAAAUCUAGCGCACGCACACGGCCAAAGCAAACAUUGGCUAGAACGACUGGUGCCAGUUUUAAGCUCGAAUCGCGAAGAAGCGCGCAAUCUGGCCGCCUUCCAUUUCUGCAUGGAGGCGGGUAUCAAGCGCGAACAGGGAAACACCGAAAUUUUUCACGAGAUCGGCGCCAUCGAAGCACUAAAGACUGUAGCGAGUUGCCCCAAUGCAAUUGCCUCCAAAUUCGCAGCGCAAGCGCUACGUCUCAUCGGCGAAACUGUACCUCAUAAAUUGUCGCAGCAAGUGCCACUGUGGUCUGUCGAAGACGUGCAAGAGUGGGUGAAACAAAUCAACUUUGGCCAAUUUGUGAAACAGUUCGAAGAAUCACAAGUAGAUGGUGAUCUGUUGUUAAAGUUAAAUGAGGAGAAUUUGCGUGACGACAUUGGCAUCUCGAAUGGUAUACUGCUGAAACGCUUUGAACGUGAGUUGCAAAAUCUCAAACGCAUGGCUGACUACUCCUCCAAGGACACAGCGAAAAUGCACCAGUUCUUGGCCGAAAUCGGACCGGAAUACGGCACCUACACCUAUGCAAUGCUACAUGCAGGCAUAGAUCGGAACUCAUUGCCACAGCUGAAUGAAGAUAUGUUGAUUGCGGAGUGUGGCAUCAAGAAUUCAAUACAUCGGCUGCGCAUACUGAACGCGGUAAAAAACCUAGAAAACUCGCUACCCAGCUCGUCCGAAGAGAAUAUGGCAAAGACGUUGGAUGUUUUUGUCAGCUAUCGGCGUUCGAAUGGCUCGCAAUUGGCCAGUUUGUUGAAGGUUCACUUGCAACUGCGCGGUUUCUCGGUGUUCAUCGAUGUUGAGCGCCUGGAAGCGGGUAAAUUCGAUAAUGGACUGCUAAAUAGUAUUCGUCAGGCGAAAAAUUUCGUUUUAGUAUUAACACCAAAUGCGCUGCAACGGUGUGUUGAUGACGAAGAAGGCAAGGAUUGGGUGCAUCGCGAAAUCGUGGCCGCUUUGAAAUCAAAUUGUAAUAUUAUUCCAAUAAUUGAUCAACAAUUUGCGUGGCCCGAAACCGACCGAUUACCCGAAGAUAUGCGCAGCGUUUGUCAUUUCAACGGCGUCACGUGGAUACAUGACUAUCAGGAUGCCUGCAUCGAUAAACUAGAGAGAUUUAUGCGCGGUGAAAAGAAUUUGGAUCGCCUCGUAGGUAUGCCUAGCACACCCGGUUCGGUGACUUACCAAAGAAUGCACAGCAACGAUUCCGACUAUCAGCAGAGUGUGAGUGGCGGCAGUGUCGGUGGCGGUGGCAGUGGCGGCAGCAGCGCCGGUGGUGCGGCGAAUAGCAGCGGACAAGCAGCUAAUCACCAGGCAAAUAGAUACCGGCAAUCUCCCUCACCGGCCAGACAGCGCAUUGGCGGCAGCUGCGGCCCCUUAGGCAGCAAUGGGCAACUGAGCAUGUUCGGGCGUGGUUCGAAGCGUAACGUACUGCCGCCAUACCGCACCCAACAGACGUCGGCACAACAAAAGGCGUUGCUCAUGGGUGGUUCCAUGCAAAAUGUAUCGCCUUAUGGCUAUCGCCCGCCGCGGCGUAGCUCAGCUGGAGGUAUUUGCAAUGCGAAUGGCAGUAGCGGCAACAACAAUAGCAACGGUUCGGCUGCAGGUGGUGCAGCGAGUUAUCGUAGUCAUAGUGUCGACGGGUUGUUGGACACAACCGAUGGCUUGGACCCCAAUGACCGAAUUGCAGAGAUGGCGGCGCUGGUCGCUGCCGGUAGCACGGCGCUCACCAACGCCAGUUCGACAAGUACUCUGCAACCGGGCAACGAUUAUGCCUCGUCGGUGGGUUCACUUUCGGAACUAAUUGAACCGGAAAUCGUGGCGAAACGUGAGAAAACAAAUUUGCCACCAAAUCCGCAGCAUCGCAAAUCGCGCUCACUCGAUCAUUUUCUAGAUGAGAAAACGUUGGCGGUAAUUACGAUGCCACAACCUGCACCCAUGGAGGGUACACAGAGUAUGCAGAACCUUGCCACGCCAAUAACGCCCGAUCUCAAUCGUGGCACACGCACACAACCAAUGCCACAACGCGCUGGCAGUGUGAUGCAAUGUGACUCGUCGACAUCCAGUGCGGCUACCACGCCCGAACGCAACGUCGUACGCAAACAUCAUCAUGGGGCGGCAGUUGUGCGGCGAAGCCCCGAAGGUAUUAGCUCAACAGAAGAUGAGCGGGAGGAUUCACUAUCGCUGCGUAGCAGUAGCACCUCGUGUGGCAGUAUGCUGAGAGCGCAGACGCGCGCAUCGGCCCAUACACACCGCGGUAGUCAGAAUAGUGGCAAGACUUCGACAACAUCAUUGGGUAGCCAUGCGACAGGAAACUCCCACAAUAACAGCAACAACAACGCAAACAAUAAGACUAUUCUGAAUCGAACAAUCAAAAAAGUUCGUUCGCUGAUCAAAAAUAACGACUUAGAUGCUGACGAAUUACCAGGGUUAAUUUUAGCACAAGCAACCGCACCCACCUCCGGCAGAAUUAUAGUUUGGUAGUUUUACAAAUACAAAAGCCAAUGCAAGGUGUUAAAUUUCUAAAUAGAGGUUAUACAGUCGAACGGAAAGCGCAAGGAAGCAGAUGUCUAAGCAUUUGAGUUGGAAAAAAUUCCAAUUCCAACUGCGCUUCGAAUACUGUGACGCAAGAGACUUUCGUUUCUUUUGAGUUUCAUGCAAAAGUAAUUUCUAAGUACUCAAACUCCACGCGCAGUAGAUUUAACAACCUCAAGCAGUAUGCAGGUAGCAUACGCAUAUCGCACAUAUUUUUCAACGAAGACACAAAUCAAUUUUUUGGUAUGCCAGAAAACGCAAAAGGGUCACUUAUUGCAGUACGCGGAGAAACAUAAACGUUGUGACAGAAAUUUACAACAGAAACUGCGUUGAUUCCCUGCUGGCUAUUAAAGAUGUGCAAUUUGAUUGUAUAAAAUGUAAAGAAAACUUUUGAUUGUAUAAAAUGAAAAAAAUACUUGUUUUUUUUUUUUUAAUUUUAAGUUGUGCCACUUUUGAAGAGUGUAUGCGAUAUGCAAUGCGCUGUUACCGAGUGUAAGAAGAUAAGGGUUAACUAUGCAUCAACACAAUAUCGACACCCUUUUCCAAUUUACUAACGAAAAAUGUUUGUAUGUAUGUACAGAUGUACUAUUUUAAAUGUGUAAUUGAUAAUUUUUUUGUUGAAAGUCGUUUGGCUUUGGAAAAGUAUUGUUCCAAUUUUACUAAGGAUACAACGAAUCGAAAUAAAUGUUGGAAGUAUUAUAUAGAUUUAUAGAA